AUGGAAAGCUCUCUGAGAAAAGAGGUCGAACGCGUUUUCAGCGAAAAUAGUGUCGUAUUGGACGACAAGCUGGUUGCAGAAUGUAUUUCGAUAUGUAACAUGUAUGUUCUGGAGCCCGAAUCACUCUUGUGGAAGCUCCAAGCCUUAAACUACAAUGCCUCUACAACGCAUUCCGAGAUCACCCCAAUUACGAUGGACACCUUAGCUGCUGUGAAAACAAGAAUCCAACAAGACCUGACGAAAGAAAUUUCAAGAAAAGCACAGCCAAAACCUCGCGCGUUUGCCACAGCUAUUGUUGAUCGGUCAAAAUUGUCAAAGCCAAUGGCCCAGAGAUAUAACCCCGCCGGAUCUCUACCGCAGGUGAAGCAAGAAUCCCUCGGGGAAACAAGUUCUGCCGUCCGGAGCAACAAUAUUGUCACUACAAACGUGACCUUUUUAGGCCCAUCGACGGACCCAGAGGUCAGAAAGAAACGGGCCUAUCGUUAUAUGUAUGAGAAGAUUUCAGAGAGGAGUGAAUCCCUCGAUCAACUUAUCGACGACUUCGCGGAACUGAUUCGAGCACAAUACGAAGAAGUGUCUGAUUUCGGCGACCCGUCUGCGUCAACAGAUGGAGAAGUAUACAUCGUUGGUCGCAUUACGCACGACUCUGAGACUGCCUCGGGUGCCAAACUCGCAGAAGGGUCUAUCACAAUUGAAUCAUCCCGAAUGCUCUCAUCAGGCGCUCGCGUUCCCCUCAUGCUCGACCCUGCAAUAAAAAUCAAGGGCGCCACAAAGAAUGUGGGAGGUAUAGGGCUUUACCCUGGGGCUAUCGUCGCCUUGAAAGGCAAGAAUGGCGGUGGGGGUUACUUUUUGGCGACGGAGUUCCUUUCGAUACCGCCUCUGAAAUCCUCACCAGCGGCGCAAGGAAUUACUAGCCCGAAGCUAGAUCCUGCAACGUCUCAGAACUCUGUGACAAUAUUGGUAGCAUGUGGGCCCUUUACAUCUGAUUCUGAUAUUGGGUAUAAACCAUGGCGUGCCCUCCUACAACAAAUUAAGACGCAGAAGCCCGACGCCGUGCUAUUGCUGGGUCCAUUCGUGGACAUUACUCACCCUAAAAUCAAGUCCGGCGAUCUGGAUGUUGCACCUUCAAACCUCUUCCGAGCACAUUUCGUCGACCCUCUGAAAGGUUUCUUGACUGCAUCACCUGGCAGCAUUGUCCUGUUGGUGCCCAGCGUACGUGAUAUUACCAGCGACCAUGCGGCAUUCCCUCAACCAGAGCUCAGUUCUGAUAUAUUUGGUUCACAUCCCCGCGUCCAUCUUCUACCAAACCCAACGAGGUUUACAAUCAAUGACGUUACGUUCGGUGCGACAAGCCUGGACACGCUAUUCCACCUCAGAAAGGAAGAAUAUUUCAAACGCGGGGUGGAGCUUGAGCCUCUUCCCGAACAGGCAGAUGAUCUGCCAAUGGAUUCCAUGGCCAACCUAUGUCGGCAUCUGCUGCUGCAGAGAAGCUUUUAUCCUAUCUUCCCGGUUCCUCAAGAUCUGUCUUCCGAAGUUAACCUCGACGUGACCCAUUUCGACGGCGUCCGCAUGGUUGAUGAUAGAGACUUGGACUAUGCACCUGACGUGUUGAUCCUUCCGAGUAGGCUGAAGCAAUUUUCCAAGGUAUUCUGCUAUUUUACCCAUUUUGGCGAGCCUAAUUUGGUCCAGGUCGUUCAUUCUACGACUACAUUAAAUCCAUCCUUCUUGACGAAGGGCACAUAUGGCACCCUAACCAUUGCCCCACGAUCGAGCGGUACUCCCAAAGCGAGAGUAAAAGCUGAAGUAACGAGGAUGGACUACGCAGCAACGCCAGCUCCUGCAACAGUUACUCCAGCAUAA